AUGCCGUUCUUCAGUCACUAUGGAGACAUUGAGGACAUCUCGGAUAAGCUGGCGAUUCCCGCUCUGGUUUUCACAAUCGUGACCCCGUUAUUUAUCAUUGCAAGAUUCUGGAGCCGGAAGGUCUUUGCCAAACGGUUUGGCGCUGAUGAUUGGGUUAUCUUGGCCUCUGCGGUAACAACUGCCUUUGAAGUUUCUUUUUUCUCUUUUCCCCGACUCUUGAGCCGUCUUUCCCUCGAGAUAACGAAACCGUGCACCGAAUCAUGUCUCACUAACUCUCUCUCUCUCUCUCUCUCUCAGCUUUACUUUUAUGCUCAAAUUUUCUACAAGAUUAAUAUCGGGUUGACCAAAAUCAGCAUCUUGCUCCUCUACAUCAAAGUCUUUAUCCAGCCGUGGUUCAGGAAAACAUGUUGGGCAUGCGUCAGCGUUAUUAUCGCAUUUACCGUGGGCACCGUCUUCUCGAGCAUCUUCCAGUGCACCCCAGUACAGUAUGCGUUCAACAAAAAGAUCCCCGGCGGCGGACAUUGUCUCAACCUUACAGCGUUCUGGUACGCCAACGCCGUCUUCAAUAUUCUGAGCGAUGUGGUCAUCAUUGCCCUCCCGAUUCCGGUGGUCAGCAAACUGCACUCGCCGAUAAAAACCAAAAUUGCAGUCGCUAGUGUGUUUACUAUUGGUAUCUUUGUCUGUAUAACAUCUGUGCUCCGAUUCACCACCCUCAACGUGGCAACGUCUCAUCUUGACACGCCGUGGACCAACAUAGGCUCUUCUAUGUGGACCGUCAUCGAGAUUAAUCUUGGCAUCAUCUGCGCCUGCAUGCCUACCCUCUGGCGCCCCCUCUCGCGCAUCUUCCCCUGGGUGUCUUCGCACCUAACAAACACCAAGUACGGGUCAGGCCAGAGCCUGGGAAGCCAAAAACCAAUCCCAGGAGGGCGGAGAGCUGCCCCUACAGGCGGAAGGGAAGUCGCUGGCUACUGGACGAAGAUUGGGUCAAGUGAUGAGCAACUGGCGCGGGAUUAUGGCAUGUAUACGAGUGCCGAGGGCGAGAGGAGGGCCACUUGGGACGAAAACAUGCCGACAGAAGAAGAGGAAUUCUCGAAUACGAUCAGAAAAACUACCCAGGUCUCCGUGCGGUAUUGCGAAGGCCAAAAUGACCCUGAGCGGGGAGAGCGGGAUAUUGAGCUGAAGCGAGUAGGGCGCUAG